GAGGGCAGUCAAUACAGAUUCACGUGCGUCUGAUUUUCUCGAGGAGUGAAGUCAUGGCUGCUGUGGCGCUCGUACAGGGAGCAAGCAGAGGUUUGGGUUUAGACUUCUGCAAAUAUCUACUUUUAAACAAAUCUACAGCAUCCGUUAUCGCAACAUGCAGAAAUCCGGACACUGCACAAUAUCUGGCAGCGCUGAGCGCGCAGCACGCGGGCAGGAUGACUGUACUGAAACUGGAUGUCAACAAGGAAGAUGACAUCAAGAGAGCAGCUGAAAAUGUCAAAUCAGCCUUUGGGAAAGUGGAUUUGAUCAUUAAUUCUUCAGCUAUGCUUCAUCCAUCCGGUAAAGGAGAAACAAGUUUACGGGACGUGUCCGCUCAGGGAACCAUUUCCACUUUGGCCACUAAUACGGUGGGUCCUCUAGUGAUGGCCAAAUAUUUUGCCCCUUUGCUUCAGAAGGGAACAGGGGCGUUUGGCCAGCAGCCCCCAGAAAAAGAGAAACAACACAGUGGCAUCAUUGUGAACAUGACUGCUAGAGUGGGAUCGAUAGGAGACAAUGUUCUUGGAGGAUGGUACAGCUAUAGGAUGUCUAAAGCUGCCUUAAACAUGGCCACCAGAAACCUGUCCAUUGAGCUGGGUCGAGGGCGAUCUAAAAUUGUGUGUGUAUCCCUGCAUCCUGGAACCGUGAAUACGGAUUUGUCUCGGCCCUACCAUCGAAACAUAGCUAAGGACAAGCUGUUCAGCGCAGAAUACUCUGUCCAAUGCCUUAUGAACAUAAUAGACAAUCUAAACAUUGAAAAAACAGGGAAAGCCUAUGCAUGGGACAACAAUGAAAUACCUUGGUAAACAGUCACGUCAAAAACAACAGCGUUGGGUCUACCUCAUUUUAAAAUAAGGUGAAUAACAAAAUAAUGCUGAAACAAAUAAUCAGGUAAUGUAAAUCUUGCACAGAAAAUAAAUAUUUGCAUAUUAAUAAAACACUGGGGUUUAAAUUUGACUAUUGUUUUUUAGAGACACACAUGCAUUCCAAGAUUUAUGGAUGUUUUAGCAGAUAAGACAAGCUUAUCCCAAAUUAAUUUCACAAUAACAAAAAAUCAUAAAAAUACACUUGUAUUUUCCAUUUUAUUGUUUUAAAGUCUAUAGGUUUAGAUCAAAUGUUUAAUAAAUUACAUUUUCAUUUCUGAAUUCUUUUGUUUGGAUCCAAGAAAAUAUUGAUGUUUGUGUUGCCUUACAGAAUUAUUCAGUUGUCCUCAUUACAUUUUGUCAAAGAUGUCCAGUUCUUUAGGAUGGUUCCAAGUAGUUGUUGAGGUCACUAGUGUCUUAUUAAUAGCAAUUUCCUAAAUGCUUUGACCCCUCUCAGUCCUGAAGCUAUUUUGGCAUGUAAAAAGUACCACACACUACUUUCCAGAAAAUGUUCACAGUGAGUGAAAUGACAUUUGAUGGUGCAAUUGUUCCGCUGUUCUAAAGCUUACUGAACUGACCAAAGUCAGUUAACUCUGUGGUGUGUGGAUACAUAAAAUGUACUUAUUUUAUCUCUGGUUAUUGUGGUAUUUACUGCUCUCUGCCACUCAGUCAACUGUCUUUUACUUUUCUCUCCAUUAGGUGGUGGGUGAGCCAAUUUAGCAAUCAAAAGGAAAAUAAAAUACAAAUUGCAACAUUUAUUAUUAUAAGUAGAUAAUGGUGUGAAAAGUAUUUUACUAUCAGUCAGAAACUGUUGAUUGAAAUGUAAAUUUGUCUUUCUGUGGGUACUAAAAUAAAAUACUGAAUUUA